AUGGACGACUGGUGGCAUCGGACAUCAGAUGCUCAUCUCGAAGCUCAUACUCCUCUGGAUGAGUGGAAAUGGGAUUAUAAGAAAUUCGGCUACAAGAAUUCCGACGCUCUGUUUACCACACUACAUGCGGAAUACAACACCCUCAAAUGCGCAAUUCAAGACCCAUACGCUUGGCAUAGCGACGUCAGGGAGAUUGCAAGAGCUGCCAGCACUAAGGAUGAAUUCUUAACUCGGCUCAAAAAGAGACAAAGAGAGAGGUUUGAUGAGCUCCAAGAAGCCUGGGAGACGACUAAAGCGUUGUUGACCGCCGAGCCCGACCGCUUGGAUAAUCCGCCGCCUAGGGCUAUCUUAUGGAGUUCUUUUAUACAAAUUGCUCGAAAUUACUCAUACGAUUCCCUCCUCGCAUACUUUGGCUCCUACGUAAUUGACGAAACUGUCGAAACUGAAGACCGAACCGCUACUUCGCCUCUACCAUCAACCCACAUCAAGACCCGUUCCACCAAAACUCCGCAGCCAAAAAGGAAAGCAAAAGGGAAAAUGGCAACGUCAUCCGGGGUGGCCAAGCCCUCGCCCAGGCCCUCGAAAUCGAAGUAUGAACAGGACAGCAGUGGGCAGAGUGUUGUGCGGAGAAGUAUCCGGUUGCGACAACGUGCUCAACAAGCCAGGCAGUAA